AUGUACAUCAAGGUCAUCAUCCUCAUCGUCGUCAGUAUCGUCACCCUCGCUGCUCCUUUCGUGGGGAAUGCCUUCCUACCCGCGUUCACAAUCAUGCUCAAUACGCUCCAUGCGAGCAAGACAGAUGUCAACAUGACGAGCACCGUAUUCCUCCUCGCGCUCGGUGCAUGUCCCAUGUGGCACGCCUACUUCUCAGAACGCUACGGCCGAAGACCGGUAUACAUCUUCACCACGAUCAUAUUCGUCAUCUCCUCCGUCGCCCUUGCCCGUGCAACAGACAUCGGCGUCGUCAUCGGUUUGCGGUUCCUGCAAGCCGUAGGCAGCUCCACGGCGCAGAGCGUCGGAGCUGGCACAUUGUCGGACAUCUUCUACCCCCACCAGCGAGGUCGCGCUUUCGGGGUAUACUACGUCUGCCCAAACCUCGGUCCUCUUCUCGCCCCGAUCUUUGGUGGCCUCCUAGUCCAAUGGCGAGGAUGGCACGCAAUUGCCUGGUUCCUCGCCCUUUACGGAGUCGCAAUGUGGAUCAUGCUGUUUAUCCUUCUCCCCGAGACGUCCGUAGCGCUCAAAGCGCGUCAAGCGGCGCGCACACUCCCCUCCCCAACCACUACCCCCCCUCGGAGCGAGAAGAAAUGGUACACCCGACUAGGGGAAGAGACGUUCAACCACUGUCUCCGUCCUCUCCAGUCACUGCAGUACCUCGCCUUCCCCCCAAUAGGGCUCACAACGCUCUACAUCAGCAUCUGCUUCUCGUGCACCUUUGCCUACUCCACCAACAUACCCUACGAAUACGCCGCGGCGCCUUACUACUUUUCCCAGAUCUCGAUCGGGCUCGUGUUCAUCGCUGGCUGCCUUGGGCAGAUAAUGGGCAGCGUGACUAGCGGGAAACUGAGCGAUAUGCUCGUCAUACGUUCCAAGGCGCAGCUGGGGGACGCCUACCGGCCUGAAGUGCGACUCAAGGUCUCCUGGCUCGGUGUACCUUUCGUCCCUGUUGGAUUGCUAUUAUAUGGAUGGACGAUAGAGACGAACCAGUUCUGGUUCAUCCCUCUCAUAGGGAUAUUCCUCUUCUGCAUCGGGCUGCAACUCGCCAACUCUCCCAUAAUCGCCUACUACUCCGAAGCAGUGCCAGGGAAGAGCGCGUCCAUCGUAGCGGUACACAACUUGUGCCGGAUGUUUGCGGGCGCGCUGGUGAGCGCCGUCACGCCCACGGCGAUUGCGAGUAUUGGAACAGGGUGGUUUAUGACUAUCUUGGCGGGGUUUACGGCUUUGGGGGCGUUGGCACUCGAGGCGGUGAGACGGUGGGGUGGGAGGUGGAGGGAGGAAAGAGAGGAGAGGGAAAGGGAAAGGGAGAUGGUCCAGGCGCAAGAGCGGGGGCAGGAGAAGAAGUCGUGA